UUUUCACCACCCCGUCGUUGUAAACUUGUGUCCGGGAUGGGGAAGGAGCAGGAGCUGCUGGAAGCAGCCCGGACCGGGAACGUCGCCCUGGUGGAGAAAUUGCUGAGUGGGAAGAAGGGGAUCCUGGGGUCAGGCUCCGGCUCCAUCCCUCUGCCCAACCUCCUGAGCAUGUGGAAGGGCCUGAACGUCAACUGCACAGACAGCACGGGAUACACACCUCUACACCACGCUUCACUUAACGGACACAGGCAAGUGGUGCUGAAGCUGCUCCAGUUCGAGGCGUCCUCCGACCUGGCUGACAGUAAGGGCUGCUUCCCGCUGCACCUGGCGGCCUGGCGGGGGGACGUGGACAUCGUCCGCAUCCUCAUCCACCACGGACCCUCGCACCACCGGGUCAACCAACAGAACCACGAGAGGGAAACGGCGCUUCACUGUGCAGCCCAGUACGGACACUCGGAGGUGGUUUCGGUGCUGCUUCAGGAGCUGACCGACCCCGUCAUGAGAAACAGCCAACAGGAGACCCCCCUUGACCUGGCGGCGCUGUAUGGACGGCUGCAGGUGGUGCGCAUGCUGGUGAGCGCUCACCCCAACCUCAUGACCAGCCACACUCGCCGGCACACUCCGCUCCACCUGGCCGCACGCAACGGACACCACAGCACCGUCCAGACGCUGCUGGAGGCCGGCAUGGACGUCAAUUGCGUGACGGAGAAUGGCAGUGCCCUCCACGAGGCAGCUCUCUGUGGGAAGAUGGAUGUCGUUCGCCUUCUGCUCGACUCAGAGAUCGACACCAAUCUCAGAGACAGCCAGGGAAGAACAGCUCUGGAGAUCCUAAGAGAACAUCCUGCACCGAAAGCCCAGCAGAUCACUGCGCUUAUCCAGGAAUAUAUGAUGGAGGAGAUGGAGAUGGAGAUGAGGAGUAUCUUGGAAGAGCCUGUUCGCAAGUGUCCCAUCCCGGCACCUCGGACCUCUGUUCCCUCGCCCUCUGCCUCCCCCUCCCUCAGACACAAGAAUGACGCUGUGACGAGCGAGCUGUCCAAGCUGCUCCACGAGAUCAAAAAGUGCCGGGACAGGGACUACUCCUUCGAGGAGCUCUGUCACACCAUCUCCUCCCACUCCAUGGACAGCUUUGGCAGCGGGCGGCUCUCCGACGAGGAUCGACCCAACGGCACCCCGACCCGAGUCAAGCGGCCGACCCCGCCUCUCGCUGUGGCCCUGGAGGAGGAGGAGGCGGAAAAGAGUUGUGGCCCCACUGGAUUCUGGGAGGCCCUGACGCCCUGCAAUGGCUGCCGCAACCUGGGCUUUUCCAGCCUAUCACAGGAUUCAAAGCGCUCCGCAGAGAUCGUCGCCUCCUCUCCGUCGCUGGAUGUUUUCCUGCCGGAGGACGAGGACAAUCCUUACGAGUCCGUGACCACCGCGGUCACGCGGAAGCCCUGCUCGCUAGAUAUCAAUUACAGGCUCAACGCCUGUCCACGCAACGGUCACCUGUCCCAUGUAACUGCGAGUGAGGGGGAGCACGGUAACCAUGGCAACUGUCCGACGGGCCCCACUCCAGACUGCUCCCCUCCGUCCCCCGACACCGCCCUGAAGAACAUUGAGAGAGUCAUCCGCCCACAGCCCAAGCAGCGCACCUCUCUGUCUUCGUCCCUGGACGUCCAGAGGCCGGUCAACCACAGCUGUGAGCCCAGCGAGGUGAGCUCGUCCCUGGGCUACGCCAGCUUCAGCACCAGCCCCCCCGCCAGCCCUCCGCUCAGCCCGAACCAGGAGGACUCCGCGGGCUCCAACGACGACUGUCAGCUCACGGACGACGGGCCGUACCAGCGAGAUCCUCCUCCUCCUCCUCCUCCUCCUCUCGGCUCUUCCUCCACACCCAGCGCUCUGUUGGAGGAGCGCAGGAAGAGCCACAUCCCAGAGGAGUUUGCAGGCCUCCUUCAUGGAUCUUCCCCGGCGUGUGAAACGCCCGACACGCCGUACCACCUUUACAGCCCCAAACCCCGAAAACAUGCCUCUACUGAGGUCCAGAGCAGCCUGGUGCAGACCCCGGAGUUCAGCAUCGUGAUCGGAGGCGGACCCACACAGAUCUUCUCCGGUACCGGGAGCGAUUCGUCGCCCGAGAGGGCCGCAGACCAGCACUCCCAGAAGCCCCAGGUGGUGUACCGGACUAUCUUCCACACUAGGGUCAACCAGGACCAGGCGCGACCCAGGGACUGCGAGCAGGUAGAUCCACCUUGUGGCCGGUCCACGCUGGGCCACCCCCCCCCAUCCUACUCCUCUGGUCAAAACGGCGAAGUUGCAGAGUUACGGGGCCUCCAGACGGGAGUCGUGCCCAAGGGCGGUUCAGUCGGCGCCGGCUACGAGGAGAGGGCCUGCACCCUGGGGAGGAUGAGGUCCAUGCCCCGCAGUGUGUUGGACCUGCAGCUGUCCAAGUCCCUGUCCAAGUCUGAUUCCAACCUGGUCGCCGUGUCUCCCAUUCAGGAGGAGCACGGCUGGGGGCCUGGAUCUCGGGGCCAGGGGCCUGGAAGUCCCAGCCCAGGAGAAGGUGCCAGCCCGGGGGGAAGACUGGAGAGAACGCCCUCCUUCACCGCGGAGUGGGAAGAGAUCGACAAGAUCAUGAGCUCUAUUGGUGCAGGAAUAGGCAGUGGAUUGGACAUCAAGGAGGAGGAGACCUCAGGUCCCCGCUGCCCUAUGCAGUCCGUGGGCCAGUGGCUCGACUCCAUCGGUCUGGUCCAGUACGAGAACCACCUGCUGGCCAAUGGAUUUGACAACGUCCAGUUCAUGGGCAGCAAUGUGGUGGAAGACCAGGACCUGCUGGAGAUCGGGAUCCUCAACUCGGCCCACAGACAGCGGCUCCUUCAGGCCAUACGGCUGCUGCCCAGGGUGAGACCCGUCGGCUACGACGGCAACAACCCCACGUCCGUGGCGGAGUGGCUGGAGUCGCUGGAGCUCGGCGACUACACCAAGUCGUUCCUCGUCAACGGCUACACGUCCAUGGAGCUGGUCAAGAAGAUCUGGGAGAUCGAGCUCGUCAACGUAUUGAAGAUCAGUCUCAUCGGACACAGGAAACGGAUCCUCGCCUCAUUGGGGGACCGGCUGCACGAAGACACCCCACAAAAGCCUCCGCGGGCCGUCUCCCUCAGGGAGCCCGGCGGGAACCACACUCCCCCCCAGCUCAGCCCGUCGGUGGGCCAGCAGGCGUACACGGCGGGGGUCCCGGGUGGAUCUCUGGACGUGCAGCACCUCAUCAUGCAGGCGGACGCCCGGCGCAGGCAGCGCAGCAACGACAACUACUUCGAGGACGUGCCGCGGUCCAAGCUGGAGCGACAGAUGGCCCAAGUCAGCAUGGCCGGCGAGUGGUGCGAGCCGAUCACGUUGCGCCCGCCCAACGAGGCGACCUCGUCCACCCCGGUGCAGUACUGGCAGCAUCACCCCGAGAAGCUCAUCUUUCAGUCCUGCGACUACGAAGCCUACUACCUGGGCUCCAUGCUGGUGAAGGAGCUGAGAGGGACGGAGUCCACACAAGACGCUUGUGCCAAAAUGAGGAAGUCGACCGAACAGAUGAAGAAGGUGCCGACCAUCGUGCUCUCCGUGUCCUACAAGGGAGUGAAGUUCAUCGACGCCACGAAUAAGAACAUCAUCGCGGAACACGAGAUCCGGAACAUCUCGUGCGCGGCUCAGGACCCGGAGGACCUGUCGACGUUCGCCUACAUCACCAAAGACCUCAAGUCCAGUCACCACUACUGCCACGUCUUCACGGCUUUCGACGUGAACCUGGCGUACGAGAUCAUCCUGACGCUCGGCCAGGCCUUCGAGGUGGCCUAUCAGCUGGCCCUGCAGGCCAGGAAGAGCGGCCACGGCUCGUCCACGCUGCCCGAGAGCUUCGACAGCAAGCCCAGCAAACCCGUCCCCAAGCCCCGGGUCAACAUCCGCAAAUCUAUGGAGCAACCGUCCAUGGACCAGAAGGGCCACGCCAACGUGCCGUGGAUUGUGGAGCCGGGUCAGGAGGCGAAGAGAGGAGUCAACACCAAGGCAAUGCCGGACGCUCAUGUCUAUUACUGUGGAAUGCAAAGAAUGUAGCCAGCCCUAAACACGGACCUUGUCACACACACACACACACACACACACACACAAUGCAAAACGGACUACAAAGGACUACAAACAUGGACGCUACUCCACACAGUGUUUAAGGUUGACUACAAAAUUCUAACAUCGGUUCGUCCACAUGAUGCUUGACACAGUAAACGUAUGACAAACAGACAUUUAUGCACAGACGACGGUCGGCUCUGAAUGUACUCUUAUUUUGAAAGCGGCCUCAACGUUCUCCAACUACAGCAGGAUCUCUUUUUUUUUUUUUUUCUUCUUCUUUUUUAAAGCGCCCGACUUGGGGGGGGCGUGGCCUGUGGACUUAUGGCCGGUACUCCACGGAGACUGUGAGUGUACGGGGCCCCUGUUGGUUACAAUGGACUCGCUAAGGGCCCCACGUGUCAUUAAUGGAAUGGGCAUGGAGGGGGGUGUGUGUGUGUGAGGACGGCCGGCUGGCUAUUUUUGGUCUUUUUUUUUCUUCUUUUUUUUUUCUUUAAAAGUCAGAAUAUGAUACAGAGAUAUAUGCACAAGUGUGUAAAUGUGAUUGGACCCGGCAACGCGCCGGAGAUGCCACAGGUGCGUCCUCACGAGGCGUCUCGUAACGGAUUAUAAAAACCGACGUGAACAAUAAAAAAAAACAGCAUCUGGCGUUUAAAAAAUAAUAAAAAUAAAAAUAAAAAAAAAGUAUUCUAUUCGUAUUGCCCGGACAUUUUAAUGUUUAAUAUGAGAGUAUUAUAUUACCAUGAUGACUAUGAUUAUUCUUGUGCAAUUCUUGUCUACUGUUGUCUUAAUGUUACAUUAUUUUUCUAUGAUAUGAGAAUGACGGCCAUCCUUUAAAAAAACAAUUAAAAAAAAAUCUGAUAUAUAUGAUCAUACUUGUGAAUGAGUGAAUGUUGCAGGUGGCUCGCUAACUCAUGUCAGGUCGACUCCA